CAUGAAUGGGCGCUGCCGUUGGUGAAGGGGCGCACAAACACAGAAUACCGCAUUGAAGUCGGUGAGCGCUCUACUUGUGUUGAUAUAUCAGGCCGGGCGCCUGCUACUGAAGCGGUCAUAUUCCGAAGCUUUGGCUUGCAAAACGAGGGUUUACUUUCUAGUGCUGUCGUUUUACUACAGAACAAGAGGCGGUAUUUCACACAAUUCGACUCCUUAAACUGCUACAGUAUACAAUAUUUCGAUCUUCUUUGUCUGCUCAGCCACUUACAUUUCCGCAAAGCGUGUGCGCCCGCCCAUUGUGAAAUUGAGACCCGGCCGCCCGCAUCAUCGGCACGAGUCCGCCCUCACUCUGUCCGCCGUGUUACUAGACGUGCGAAGAACUCUGAGGAAGCAUCUCCUUUGCUUCGGAAGUUCUAGCGCUGGACUUUGCUUAUUUCUCAGCAGAUUACUUGGUUGGAAUAUGGUAUCUGCUUCCCAGGCGAUGCAUCUGCUACACACACAACAGGUCCCGAAGCACCUUAAGCACAGCGCCAGUUCGGCAAGUAGCAUGUCACUUUCUCCUUACGUCAAAUCGUAUAUGGAAGCCCAAGGAUUGUGGAAUACUCAGCAGAUUGCGAAUAUGUUUACUCAUAAUCCGUACCGCAGCCUGGGGAAAGCGAUUCUCUCGGAGCAGCCGAGUGGUGUUUCGAUGUUUUCCGAAUCCCAAGCACAUCCAACCGUUCAACCUUCUAUACCUCGUGUUCAAAAUGCAGCAGAAGCCCAGGACCAUUGUUUCUAUGUAAUCGACAGGGGAAAUGGCGAAUACACCAGACUUGUUCCAGCUGAUAUGCUCCCUCCAUUGCAACAGGUGCCCGCCCGAGAGCCACGACAGGAGGGCAUGAUCGUCCUGCCCAUUGUACGAAGCGAAGAACAGCUCAAGACAUUUCUAGGAAUCAAGGAUCAACAACAGCAGCAAAAUGGUGAUUUUGGGAACGAGGGUGUGCAGAAAUCCAUCGAUCGGAUAGUUACCACGAGUCCCGGCUCACUACGACGAGGCAAAGUGUACUGUGACAAGUGGGUUCACGAAGGCGUGUGCGCAUUCACACAGCAGGGCUGCAAGUUCAGGCACGAAAUGCCCUUUGACGAAAACGUACAGCGAUCCCUAGGGUUAUUCCAAGGCUUCCCAGCCUGGUGGAAGAAAAGAAACGAGGAGAUGAGCGUUUGCCGAAGCUCGUCCAGCAGUAGCAACGCUUCCUUUACGUCCCCGAGGAGCAGUGACCGACGAGGAGAUGCAUUGAAGCAAGAUGUUGAUAAGAGAAACUUCGCUCCCGGACCUCUACAUGGAAAUAUUCCAAUGAGACCUGUUGAACCGCCUGGUUUAGGCAAUGGCCAAGGAACGAGCAACUCGCCAUGGAUGCGGAGCGGUAUUGUUCCGUUUGUUCGAGGACCAAUGCGACCUGGCCAUCACCAGAGAUCGUCAACCAUGAGCUCGUGGUGUUCUAUGGGCACGGAUGCUGCGGAGUUCGGAGGCAAUAACAGCAACAACCCGGGAUACAAUGGCGUACGAGAGAAUGUGGGCUCCCGGGUUGUCUGAAAGAGGGGUGCUUCGAUAUAGCUGAGAUUGCUCUGAUGCAAGGCACUAUAACAUUAUGGAGUAUAAGAGUUGCUGAACAAAACGAGGGAGAAAAUUAGACAAAUUAUAGAUAGAAUUUUUAUUGUAUUUUGCAAUGCAAAUGUUUGCUUGGCCUAUGCUGUGCUGC